CGAUACUACACUUGCUGUGAGUACUGUAGUAUGGCCGUGAUUCUUGACCAGCUGACAGAGCGCACUUUUCGUGCUCAAUGCAUGCAGGACACAAUUUGAGGGGAAAGCUGUAUGUAAUCCUAGUCGAUCUCCCGAACGUUACUUCCUCCAGUUUCUGACUGUGUGAAUACUACACGCAUUUCGUUUUUCGUGCCGUAAUUCAUCGGUGUCGUUGACCAGUAGGCAGUACAGUUUGGAUGCACUGCUGUUUCAUGCGUAUUUUUUAAAAACGUUUGAACGUUGGGCAGUGACUUUGCGUCAACAGUUUCUCACAUCCGCUGAGGAUGCAAGGGAGUGUUCUUGUGCAGUAGCACCGUGCAUAAUUAUUAUAAUCGCAGCAGGAUAGUUGUCUCGAAACUAGCAAGAAGUCUCGGAUGAAAGACGUGAGGUCUGUUGAGUGCUGAUCUUGUUCUGGCUGACAAGCCAGUCUUGGAAAAUCAGUCAUGUCAAUGUCGUGGCUCUGGGAUCCACACGCCGUGGCGAAAUUCCAGCGCUUCUGCGGAAAGGAGCGGAUCCCAAUUGAGGUCGCCACUGGCAACGGAAAAUCUGUGCAGGUGGCCGGGACGGACACGCGAAAUGGCAGUGCCAGUGCAAGUGGACAUGGGCUUCGUAGAUCUACGCGGCACGGUGACAGCUCAACAUCGACGGAGAACGACGCUAGCACUAUCCGAUCAAACGGGCAUGCUAACGCCAGUAACGGGCAUAGUGUGGAUGUACAGUCCAAUGGCAAUGGUCGUAAUGGAACAGUAUCACCGUCAGCUAACUGCAGCCACACUGCUGAUGACGCAACACAGCAAGACACACAACAGCCCAAGACCAAAAUCAUCCACAAGUAUCCUGUGGUUAAGGCCAUCUUCCACAUGGCAUCCAUGGUUGGCGAGGAGGAGUUCUUCAUUGCCUUCCUGCCAAUCAUGUUCUGGAACUUUGACUUCUUUGUCGGACGGCGCGUCGUCUUGCUCUGGUUCUUUACAAUGUACCUGGGCACGGCUCUGAAGGACAAGAUACAGUGGGAGCGGCCGGACCCGGCCAUAGUUCUGCGCGAGGCGAACGACGAGCACUGCCAGGAGUUUGGCAUGCCGUCCACACACACCACCAGUGGUGCCAUCCUCGCCUGGGGCUUGAUCUAUGUCUCCUACUUUCGCUAUGAGUUCUCUUUGUUGCCAGCUACUCUGGUAGUUCUGCCCAUGGUGCUGUGUAUGGGAAUCAGCCGCGUCUACUCUGGCCACCACACACCAUUGGAUGUGCUUGGUGCGUUCAGCCUGGUAGCGUGCAUCAUGCUGGCUGGUUCAGUGCUGCUGGAGCCGCUUGACUCACUCUACAUGACGCCAUCGCUGAUAGGUCCUAUCUCCGCUCUGGUUACGGGAUAUCUGGGAAUCUUGCUCUAUCCCCAUCCUGCUGUUAUCCGGUCCUCGUCCAAGGACAUGCCCACGAUCAUUGCCGUCUUUUUGGGCUUCUACAUUGGACUAUGGAUGUCUGUGGGUACACUCAAUCCCCUUGACAAUCGUCACCUUGAGCCAUUCCAACUGCCAUCGCCAGACAGGCAUGAAAUUGUAGCAGGACUGCUGCGGUAUAUAGCUGGCGUAUUCUUGCUGCUGGUGGUCCGGAUGGUCCUGAAGUCAUCGUCAAUCAAGUUUUUCUCUAAGUACGCCGAUCCUACACAGGGACCAGCCAAGGAACAACUUCCUGUUGUGAUCCGUUACCGGCUUGUAACGUAUGGAGGUACUUGCAUGGCCUGCACAGCACUGGGCCCGCUCUGGUUCAGGCUGCUUGGAAUUCCUACCCAGGAGCCAUAGUGCAGCAUGCAUUGCAGUCACAUCUGUUUGCUGUUUCCGCCUGGGAGCGUGCAGCGUUCGUUCUAAUUCAUCCUUGUACGGAGGACAGUGCUGGGCUAUGUUUCUGCCCCGCGAUUUUUAAUCCGAAUAUUGCGUAUUUGCAAUGACGCUGGUUUGUUUUGAUGUGUGCUGGUCGCAAUUUUGGUAUGUACACUAGAAAUUUGAUGUUACUGAUACAAGCAGUGUCACGCUUACUUGACCCCUUCCCAGCCCCAUGAAACUCUGUGUUGCUAGCCCACGCAUGCCAUUUUGCUGUGUAUGUUUUCGCAGAUGGCCCCAAAGCGCCAUCGUAAUUUAUACCUGCUGCUCUUUUUGGCUGAUUGUUUUGUUUUUAAUAGUGCAAAGCUGCUUGCCCGUAUCAUGCCCCUGCGGACUGCUGCAUCGUACAGUGCAGCUCAGUUGUGCCUUUGUGCAUUUUUUGUUUCAAUUUUUGGUACUGGGACAGUUCCAUGCCUGCCAAGUGCAUGCUUUGACCUAGUGCCGGGUCUCUGUAUGGUAGAUACUCAGCAGCGGCAGACUAGAUGCCACUAGAUAGGUGUACGUUUUACUGUAAGCCUUGAUGAUCAAGUAUGGCUUUGAGAUUUACUUACUUCUCUCUAACUCACAUGACCUAUCUCUGCACAAUAGUUUUGCCCUUGAAUUACUGACUGAUAUUCCAAGUUCUAUUACCAUCUUACAAAGCCUUAUUUACUUCUCCCUGUGACUGGAGCACGAAACUUUUUUUCUCUGAUAUUAAAUCCAUCUUGGCUUGUUUUCUUCUUUA